AUGCCUCUCCCUAAGCGACAGACGAUACCCGUAAAGGGCGCAAAGGCCAGCGUGCCUAAGGACGACUCGCGAUUCGCAAAUUUCGAAACCGACCCCAAAUUCAGACUCCCCUCGAAGAAGCACACCAAGACUAAGCUUGACCCGCGAUUCUCGCGAUUAAAAACCGACCCCGACUUCUACAACAAGGCCACGGUCGACAAAUAUGGCCGCAAGGUGGACAAGAAGGCUGGCAAAAAGGCCAUUGACCGGUUAUACGACGCCGAUAGCGACGACAAAGACGACGAAGACGAAGAUGAAGCCGACGAUGAGCCCGAGCUAGUACGUCCGGCCGACAAGAAGCGAGACAAGGCUGUCAAGAAGGAGAUGCAGAGGGUGGAGCAGCAAGGCUUCGACCCUAUCCGAGACGGUGGACUAGAGUCUUCAUCGGAUGAAAGCUCGAGCGACGAAGAGGAUGAAGCUGAGCUGGAGGAGCAGACCGAGCUUGCCGGUGACGACAACGACGUCCCGACGGGCGACAUCUCGGCACGUCUGGCUGCCGUGAACAUGGACUGGGAUAACAUACGGGCCACCGACAUCAUGGCCGUAGCAAACUCCUUCGUCCCAGCUGAUGGACGCAUUCUCAACGUCGUCAUAUACCCUAGCGAGUUCGGUAUGGAGCGCCUACAACGAGAAGAAAUCGAAGGACCCCCUCGUGAGAUCUUCGCUUCGACGUCCAACAAAGACAAGAACAACAUCAGCGCGCUCGACGACGACUCAGACGCUUCUGAGGUGGACGGCGAGGAACAAAACGGGGAAGACUUACAAGGAGAUGAGACAGGCGAAGAGUUCGACUCCACCAAGUUGCGAGCCUACCAACUUGACCGGUUACGCUACUACUAUGCCGUCAUCACAUGCUCUUCCGCGAACGUCGCAAAGUCCAUCUACGACAACCUCGAUGGCCGCGAGUACCUAACGAGCGCCAACUUCUUCGACCUGCGAUUCGUUCCCGACGGCACAACCUUCGACCAAGAUCCCCACGACGAAUGCGCAAAGCUGCCGGACGGUUACAAACCUAAUGAGUUCUCUACGGAUGCGCUCACGCACUCAAAGGUCAAGCUGACCUGGGAUGCCGAUGAUGCGACACGGAAGGAGGUACAAAAGCGUGCUUUCUCACGCAAGGAGAUUGACGAGAACGAGCUACAAGCAUACUUGGGCUCAGACCAGUCGUCAUCCGAGGACGAGGAAGAAGCAGCAAAGAUGGACAAAGCCGCAAGUCUCAGAGCGGCUCUCGGUCUGGAAGCACCAGGCAAAUCUUCGAAAAUGAAGAAGAAGGCGUCUGCGAAACGGGAUCGCGACUUCCCAAAGCCGGAUAGCGAGAUGCAGAUCACCUUCACGGGUGGCCUCUCUAGCGGAGCCGGCAACGGGGACGUAUUCGAAAAUGACAUCCCACUGCAAGAGACUACAAUGGAGAGGUACAUUCGAAAGGAGAAGGAAAGGAAGGCGAAACGUAAAGAGAGGUGGGAAGCCAAGAAGGCUGGACGCGACCCUGACGCACCCAUGGAGCAGGAGGCGGAAGCGGCACCGGCUGCGGACGAUGACGAUCCGUUCAACGAUCCUUUCUUUGCUUCCGAUCCCGAAGAAGCUGCCAAAGCCUCCAAGCCGAAGUCGAAGAAGUCUGAGAAGGCCAAGAAGAAGGCGGAGCAAGAGGAAAAGGACCAGGCAGCAGCAGCUGAGCGAGCGAAUCUGGAACUACUUAUGGCAGAUGAAGACGAUUCAAAGCUGCGUCACUUCGACAUGAACGAGAUCGUCAAGUCGGAGAAGGCUAAGAAGAAGGGCAAGAAAGCGAAGAAGAACGCUCCCAUUGUAGAGGACAACUUCCAAAUCGAUACUACCGAUCCCCGUUUCGCCAAGCUAUACGAGAGCCAUGAGUUUGCCAUCGAUCCCACAAACCCAAGGUUCAAGGAGACGUCUGCUAUGAAGGCGCUGCUAGAAGAGGGCCGCAAGAAGCGAAAGCAAGGCAAGGACGAAGACGAGCCAGAUCAUCAACGAGAGACGAAGAAAUCUAAGCAGGAUGCUGCAGACGGCGAGGACGACAUCAAGAAGCUGGCUGCUCGUGUAAAGGCGAAGAGCAAACAAAAGUGA